AUGGAUGAAGCUCGUGCGGCGAUCUACUUGGGAAUUGCGGCGAACGAGCGUGCGUGGCGAGUGUGGGACUUGGGCGACAAGUGCGUCGUCACGUCUCGGGACGUGGUCUUCGAUGAAGACAAGUUCCCGUCGAAGGAGAAACCCACUCAACAACUCACCUUCAUCUUCCCGCCACGAGAGGAGGUUGAAGAGAGUGAGACUCCACCUCAAGUGGAGAAGGAAGCCGAUGGAGGGGGAGCGAACAACGAGGAGAGCAUUGAUGAUGUCGUGGAGGUGUCACCAACCGAGGCGGCAACUACCUCCACACCUUCCUCCCUACCAUUGGCCUUGACCCGCGAGCGUCGUGAGGUUCGUCCUCCCUCCAAGUACAACGACUACGCUACGGUAGCCGUUGGGGAGACGGAUAAGGAGGGCGCGGCAUUUUGCUUCGCAACCAAGGAAAAAGUCCCCCCCUCCGCCCGAGCACAAGUCCCCCCCUCCGCCCGAGCACAAGUCGCCCCCGCCGCCCGAGCACAAGUCUCCUCCUCCGCCGGAGAAAAAGUCCCCCCCGCCGCCCGAACACAAGUCACCCCCUCCCCCCGAGCACAAAUCACCCCCUCCACCCAAGCACAAGUCCCCUCCUCCCCCCGAGAAAAAGUCGCCCCCUCCGCCCGAGCACAAGUCGCCCCCUCCUCCCGAGCACAAGUCGCCUCCUCCCCCCGAGAAAAAGUCGCCCCCUCCCCCGAGCACAAGUCGCCUCCUCCCCCCGAGAAAAAGUCGCCCCCUCCUCCCGAGCACAAGUCGCCCCCUCCCCCCAAGCACAAGUCGCCCCCUCCGCCCAAGCACAAAUCGCCCCCUCCCCCCGAGAAAAAGUCGCCCCCUCCCCCCGAGAAAAAGUCCCCUCCUCCCCCUGAGAAAAAAUCCCCGCCCCCACCAUCUCCCUCUCCUCCGCCUCCUCCGCCUCCUCCGCCACCCUGCAAGCCGUCCAAAAAAGACCACCUUAUCAUCAUCCUCCUGAAGGGUGCAGCGGUUCUAGUACGCAAGGCACACGGCAUCCUCCCCCCUGGUAACGACGCCCAGAAGGAGGACCUGUGGGAUGUGGUGACAGCACUGGGGGAUGCGGAGGUGUUGAUCAAUGAGGGGAGGCGGGAGCUGGUGCGGGAGCAGCUGGAUAACAGUGUUGCGACUUUGGAGGUUGGGGGAGAGCUGCAGGGAGGGUGGGUGCAGGAGCAAGCUGCGGGGGGGAUGAUUGGGUUGGCUCGAGUCGAGAUAAUGAAAGCUCAGGCGCUGUUUCAGGAGUGA